AUGGUGACGGAGCAGGAGGUGGAGGGGUUGGGGCAGAUGCUGGUGGACCCCCAGAAGCCCCUGCGGGCCCGCUUCCGGGCGUUGUUCACACUGCGCGGGCUCGGGGGUCCAGCAGCCAUCUCCUGGAUCAGCCGGGCCUUCAGCGACGACUCGGCCCUGCUCAAGCACGAGCUGGCCUACUGCCUGGGUCAGAUGCAGGACUCACGGGCCAUCCCCGUGCUGGUGGACGUGCUUUGUGACACCCGCCAGGAGCCCAUGGUGCGCCACGAGGCAGGGGAGGCCCUGGGAGCCAUUGGGAACCCAGAGGUGCUGGAGAUCCUGAAGCAGUACUCCACCGACCCUGUCAUCGAGGUGGCAGAGACGUGCCAGCUGGCUGUCCGGCGGCUGGAGUGGCUGCAGCAGCACAGCGGGGAGCCGGUGGCUCAGGGGCCCUACCUCUCCGUGGAUCCGGCCCCAUCCGCUGAGGAGCGCGACGUGGGGCGGCUGCGGGUGGCGCUGCUGGAUGAGGCCCGGCCGCUCUUCGACCGAUACCGAGCCAUGUUCGCCCUGCGCGACGCUGGCGGGGAGGAGGCUGCCCUGGCGCUGGCCGAGGGCCUGUGCUGCGGCAGUGCCCUCUUCCGCCACGAGAUCGGCUACGUCCUGGGCCAGCUGCAGCACGAGGCGGCCGUGCCCCAGCUGGCGGCGGCCCUGGCGCGACCCGCCGAGAACCCCAUGGUGCGGCAUGAGUGCGCGGAGGCCCUGGGGGCCAUCGCCCGGCCCGCCUGCCUCGCCGCCCUGCGGGCCCACGCGGCAGACCCCGAGCGCGUGGUGCGGGAGAGCUGCGAGGUGGCCCUAGACAUGUACGAGUAUGAGACAGGGUCGGCCUUCCAGUACGCAGACGGGCUGGAGCACCUGCGCCCACCCCCCUCAUAG